CCUGUGCGCCGUUUUUAAGGUCCUUUAGUCAGUCAUGUGAUUGUAACGUAACCCGACCGGAAAACACCGACAACCAUCGCCGCCAAUGCUGCGUCUGAGAGGAACAGAGCAGCUGCGCCGCGACCAACGGACCGAGAGUCCCCGGUAACACACACACAACAACAACGUCGCCCGACUCCACGCGCUCGCUCUCACGGAGGCAAGGUGGAAGUAUGGAGCUGGCCAACCAUGGUCUUAUCCUCCUGCAGCAGCUCAACGCGCAGAGGGAGUUCGGCUUCCUGUGUGACUGCACAGUCGCCAUCGGCGACGUCUUCUUCAAAGCACACAAGGCCGUGCUGGCCGCCUUCUCCAACUACUUCAGAAUGUUAUUUAUUCACCAGGACAGUGACUGCGUCCGUUUAAAGCCUGCAGACAUCCAGCCCGAUAUCUUCAGCUACCUCCUCAACCUGAUGUACACUGGUAAACUGGCCCCGCAGCUGAUCGACCCGGCCCGGCUAGAGCAGGGCGUGAAGUUCCUGCACGCUUACCCCCUCAUCCAGGAGGCUAGCCUCAACAGCCAGUCCGCUUUCUCUCAUCCCGAGGCCAGCAUCCGACUCAACACCUCUCUCUACGGCAUCCAGAUAUCAGGCCAACAGGGGGCGCAGUCCAGCCGUCUGUCCACCAGGAGGCAGUCCUCGCCCGUUGACUCGGACAGCGCGGGAACACUCAACGGGAAAGGUUCUAGCGCAAACGCGUCGCUCGGAUCCAGACUGCAGCCGGACAUGGAGGUGGAGGCAUCGGCGAUGAGCAGCAGUCAGUUUGGGAGAGAAGGCUCUGAGGCAGACGCCUCGUCCGGCGAAAGCGUGUCCACCUUGACAAGUGGGAACCCCAACACCAUCCUCCAUGUGAAGCCCAGCAUCAUGAAGCGAACCUCCUCGUUCCGGAAGCACUACACCUGCAACAUCUGCGGCAGUCGCUUCAACCAGCGAGCGGCUCUGAGGGAGCACCUGCUCUGGCAUGCACAGGCUAUGGCGCCUCUAAUGAUGGAGGCCGGAGGCGCGACUUCCCCUGUACUUCCCGGAGGAGCUGCAACGCCCGAGGUGGAGGAAGUUCUUACCGGCGUCGGAGCAUCUGCAGCCACUCCCAUCAUGGUGGACGUGGACGUGGAACAGCCUCUGCCUGGACCGAAAGUCUCCCCGCGCGCCGAGAUGGCCAUCUCGAUUCCUUCGGCCGCGGCGACGUCGUGUGGGUCUCAGCCUCAAGCCGACACGCCUCCUCCGUCCGACAUCGCUGACAUCGACAAUCUCGAAGGCGCAGCCGACAUUGAACGCGAGGUGAAGAGACGGAAGUACGAGUGCCCCACCUGCGGGCGCAAGUUCAUCCAGAAGAGCCACUGGCGCGAACACAUGUACAUCCACACGGGAAAACCGUACCGCUGCAGCGCCUGUGGGAAGAGCUUCUGCCGAGCCAAUCAGGCUGCGCGACACGUCUGCAUGAGCCAAGGGGCGGAGUCAGCAUACACCAUGGUAGACCGGCAGAGCAUGGAGCUGUGCGCUGCGGACGACUCCAGCCAGAUAGAGGCCUUGUUCCUGGGCUCCUCAGGAAGACCAUACAAGUGUAACGUAUGCGAAAUGACCUUCACCAACCCCAACGAGGUCAUCAAGCACAUGUGCUUUAACCAGGGCGCAGCCUCGGAUGGAAGCGCAUCAGGAACGGCGGGAAGCGGUGCGAACACUGACAAAUCGGCCAAAGACGAGGGUUCUGAUGUGUCUAGCGGUGGAUCUUUAGUGACGGCCAUUAAAACAGAGGAGGUCCUGGUAGAUUAAUAAAACAUCCCAGACGUAUGAGUGGGUUUCUUAUUGAUGUUUUUCUUUUUUCUUUUUUUUUAUAAGCAUCACAGUUUGUUUGCAGAGUUUAUUCAGACGUACAGCUAUCUGUCUAGAUCAGGAAAUGACUCGUGCAUGUUGUAGGAAACCUUUUAUUUCCACAGAAGCAAGAAGAUUUUAUUACACCGUGAAGCUUUUUCACCCCCCCCCUCGCUCGGUGGGUAAUUCAGGUCAUUCACAUGUUGCACGUUGUGGUUUAAGCCUUUCCCCUUUGUAACCGUCAACAGGAAGAGGAAGCAGUGAAUCGCAAUAACCCCACCUAUGGUGCGAACAUUCGCCUCACCGUUUUCUCCUCACUGACUCUCAUAUCCUGGUGUGUUCUGAAAACACCACAAAAAAAACAUUUCAUGACAUUUAAAGCAAUAACCAGCAUGUAACCAUCACUAUAUUCCACUUUAUUAUUAUUAUUAUUAUUAUUAUUAUUAUUAUUAUUAUUAUUAUUAUUAUUAUUUCCAUCAGCCAAAGAGUGUUACAGAAGUUUAUUUUCUCUUUCCUGAUUAACCCAUUAAUCCAGAUUUUCGUUUUUUUUUUUAAUUUAAAAUUUUUUUUUUUUUUAAGUUUUUGUAUUUGUUUUUAUUUUUCCUCCCCCUUACUCGCACCUCAGCUUGUAUAAAUCUGUGUAAAAAGUGACUUGUUUCAGUUAUAUAAAGCUCAAAAUCCAAUCGAAAUCCAUUGGUUACAAUCCUGAGCUCAUGUGACAAGCUUAUUUGAAUUAAAAUUUUUUUUUUUUUUUAAUUAGAAACAAUAAUUUGUGCCAACACAAUUUGACAAUUUAUUAUUAUUUUCUUUUUUUUAUCGAUCUGGAACCUAUUUUGGUGAAAUGUUUACAAAUGUGCCAUUUAAAAAAAAAAAUACUAUUGCUAUUAUUAUUUUCUUUUUUAAUUUCUUAAUUUUUUUAUUUAUCUCGAGCUGUUACACAAAGACAGUCUGGGUGAACCUACUCGUGUCUCAAUAUCUUAGUUUGAAGGGAGAUUUUACUGUUUGUUUGUUUGUGAGGGAAAAAAAUGUUUUUAAAAGCCCUUAUUUUCCAGGUUUUUUUUUUUUUUUAAAUUUUAUACACAGUACUAUAUUUACAAAGAAUAUUUUAUAUUACAAAUGUUGUAUAUUGCAUAAAGUGCAUUGAGCGUAGAAUAUAAUCAGAUUUUUAGUGUAGCACGAGCGUAUGUACAUUUGUUUGUCUCGGCGUAUCUGGUCUUAUUAAUAUUUUAAUUAGUUUUUUUUUUGUUUUUUUUUCUUUUCAUUAUCUGCUGUUGCUUAUUGUUCGCUCCUUGUUCAGCCGUCCAAGCACUGAAAUUUAGGGACCUGACUACUUUUGAGGAAAUUUAUGUAGAGCAUCGGACAUUCGUUAUAAUAAUAAUAAUGUUGUUGUUUUAUAUUUGAGUCAAAUAUAGCGAAAAAGACAUGAGCAGCUUGACAAAUAAGGAAGUUAUUAUUAUUGUUAUAAUUUUUUUUAUUAUUAUUAUUAUUUUAUAGAUUUCUUCAGGAACAAGAAAAUGGGACCUUUUGUUGUUGUUUUUUUUAUUUUAUUUUUAUUUUUUUUAGUAUUAUUUCCUCUAGUGAAAUUUUUUACUUUUAAUUUUUUUGGUGAAUUUUUUUUUUUUUUUCCCCGAGGUCAUUUUGUGAAUUAAAUUACUACUGAUUGAUUGAAGACUGGGAUUUGAUAACUCUUGACUCCUAACGUUGCUUUAUUGUCCACUCCUGGUGGUCACGCAUGUACAGAAAUGGUGAAUUGAUAUGCCAUGCUUUUUGUUUUUGUUGUUGUUGUUGUUGUUGUUUUUUAUACUGUUACGUAUCUCAUCAUAUGCAACUUGCUAAUGUAUUUUGUUCGGAGUUUAUUUUCGAGGCAGUUAGAGGGAGGAGGUGAAGGAUCUCCUCCUCCGAAAUGCACAAACUCCAAAGCGAAGGCAAACAAUAACAGUAUACUGUGAUCUGCAGCACCUCAGGAAUUGAACAACUGCCUCAGAAUAAAUGUGAUCUGUCAUUGUCGAUAAUGAACAAUAAAAACCUUUUUCUUUUUGGUUAAA